AUGAUCUUCUCAGGCGAAUUUCACCCCUUCCGCCUACCGGUGCCUGGAUUAUGGCUGGACAUUUUUCAAAAGGUCAAGGCCGCGGGAUUCACGGGCGUUUCAUUCUAUACCAACUGGGGGCUGCUAGAAGGCAACCCAGGUCAAGUGGUAACUGAUGGAGUUUGGAGCCUUGAAGAAUUCUUCGCCUCUGCAAAAGAGGCUGGGAUCUAUUUGAUUGCUCGUCCCGGUCCAUAUAUAAACGCAGAGACUUCUGCCGGUGGGAUCCCAGGGUGGGUACUUCGAAUCAAAGCCCAGAUCAGAUCAAUGAGCGAGGAGUAUCUCAAUACAACACAAAAGUAUGUGUCGACAUUGGGAAAAAUAAUUGCUGAUGCGCAGAUCACCAAAGGCGGGCCGGUUAUUUUAAUGCAGCCGGAAAAUGAAUACACGACUUGGCCAGGAGUCACUGACUUCCCAAGCGAUACGAACAAAGAAUAUAUGGCUUAUGUAGAACGACAAUUCCGUGACGCUGGUAUAGUUGUCCCUUUUAUGGACAAUGAUAAUGAAAUAAGUGGGUAUUUUGCGCCGGGGACGGGCCCGGGCGAAGUUGACUUGUACGGCAUUGAUUCUUAUCCUAUGCGAUAUGACUGUGCCAAUCCAUAUGUCUGGCCAACGUACCGCUUCUCUCAUGAUUGGCAGUCUACUCACCAAAAACAGAGCCCACGUACGCCAUUUGCAAUUGCAGAAUUUCAAGGGGGAUCUGGAGAAGGAUGGGGUGGGGUCAAUCAAGACAAGUGCGCAAUUCUUGUUAACGAAGAGGCUGAACGAGUCGUUUACAAGAAUAAUUAUGCUUUUCACGCAGCCAUUUUCAACAUCUAUAUGAUCUAUGGUGGAACGAAUUGGGGAAAUCUCGGAUAUCAAGGAGGAGAUACAUCAUAUGACUACGGCGCAGCAAUUACUGAAGACCGCCAGGUAUGGCGAGAAAAGUACAGCGAGCUCAAACUACAGGCCAAUUUCCUCAAAGUAUCUCCUGCAUACCUGACUGCAAAGUCCACUGCCAGCAUCAACGGGUCUUACGGUGUUCCUGAUUCCAUAUCGGUCACCCCUGUCAAAGGAACCGACACCAAUACGAAUUUUUAUGUUGUGAGACACGGCGAUUUCACUUCACUCGAGAGCACUCUGUAUAAAUUAACCGUCCCAACAAUAAUUGGGAACGUUACGAUACCGCAAAUUCAUGGCUCAUUAAGACUUAACGGUCGGGAUUCAAAAAUUCAUGUUACAGACUAUGAUAUUGGUGGGGUUGCCUUAACCUACUCUUCUGCAGAGAUAUUCACAUGGGUCAAAGGUCCUGCUUCAUCGCGUGUCCUUGUUCUAUAUGGAAGUGAAGGAGAAACACACGAAGCUGCGUUUCCGCUAGGUCUAUCUAAGCCUAUUCUUAUUGAAGGGCCAGACAUCAUUGUUGAACAGCAUACGUCAAUGUGGAUUCUUCACUGGGACGUUAACAGCAGUCGAAGAGUAGUACAUAUCGGAGAUCUCCAGGUUCACCUCGUCUGGAGAAAUGAAGCAUACAAUCUCUGGGUAUUGGAGUUACCGGCGGAAAACCCCAUUGGAAAUUUCACGUCAAUGGCCAAGGAUCGCGUUUUAGUCGGCGGUGGAUAUUUGAUGAGGAGUGCUAAAAUAGUGGGCACCAAGCUGGAUCUCAUUGGCGAUAUCAAUGCAACCACCACUAUAGAGGUGAUUUCUGCUCCCACGGUUAUCAAAUCUAUUUCCUUCAACGGAUUGGCAUAUCCAAUUUCGAAAACAAACCUUGGAAGCUCUACUAUCACAGUUAAAUAUACCUCUCCGGGUAUAAAGAUCCCAAAUAUCUCCGAGCUAGAGUGGAAAUAUGUCGAUUCGCUACCUGAAAUUCAUUCAGGCUUCAACGAUACUUUGUACACGUCUCUCACGCGUAUAGAAAGCAACAAUCCGCGUAACCUGUCAACGCCGACAUCUCUUUACGCAAUGGACUAUGGUUAUCAUACCGGAUCAUUUAUCUACCGGGGCCACUUUAUUGCUAACGGGCACGAAAAGUCAGCCUGGUUGAAUAUAUCCGGUGGAAACGGAUAUGGUCACUCUAUCUGGCUAAAUCAAACGUUUCUUGGUUCCUGGGUCGGAGAGGCAAGCAUACAAAAUAACGUCCAUAACGUGAAAUUUUCGAAAGAGCUGGAACAAGGAAAGCCGUAUGUAUUGACUGUUUUAAUUGAUCACAUGGGCUACGAUGAAGAGGCACCGGGCACAGAUGCUAUCAAGUUUCCCCGAGGUAUUUUGAACUUCGAUCUGUCUGGACACGGUCAAGACGAUAUUACGUGGAAAAUGACCGGGAAUUUUGGAGGCGAGCGGUAUGCAGAUCUCACACGCGGCCCUCUGAAUGAAGGAUCUAUGUAUGCUGAGCGACAAGGCUAUCAUCUCCCAUCUCCUCCAGAUGAACAGUGGGACUUAGCUAACCCCGUUAAGGAUGGUGUUGAAAAAGCAGGAGUUGGAUUUUUUACUACUAGUUUUGACCUGAAUAUUCCUACAGGAUGGGAUGUCCCGAUGUCCUUCGUAUUCAACACAUCAAACAAAAGCUCGGUGGAUGAGUAUAACACAAAUAAUAAUUAUAGAUGUCAACUAUUUGUCAAUGGGUAUCAGUUUGGGAAAUACGUGAACAAUCUCGGUCCUCAGACUUCGUUUCCCGUUCCGGAAGGAAUACUGAACUACGCUGGGAAGAAUUAUAUCGGAUUAACACUUUGGGCCUUGGAUCAAAACGGUGCAAAAAUCGAUGGUUUCAACAUUGUCCCAAAUAACUUUAUAUUAUCUGGAUAUCAGCGGCCCAAACCCGCCCCGAUACCGGAAUGGCAACAACGACAGAACGCGUAUUAG